CAUAAUUGACCGCCACCGCCACCCUUCAGCAAAUCGUUCGCUCGAUCUCGCUCUGUCGAUCGAGUCCGGUUGUGGAAGCCAUUUUAUUUCAGUGAAUGUGACAAAAUCAUUUUAGGGAAUACUCGUAUUUAUCCUUGUUGUGUCAAUGUGUGCCUGCAACGACUGUUCUUUGUGACGUGUAAUCGUGUAUUAAAAUUUAGGAUGUACGUGUUUCAAAUCGGUUUGUGUUGACCUGCCCCGUUUCUUACGCGGCCGCAGGCAAGCAUCGAUUAGUGUAACAAGGCGGCCUCUAACAACGGCAAGUCGAGGCUUUGGACUUGUGUUAGGUCUGAGCCAUGGGCAACAAUGCUGCCACCGCGAACAAGAAGGUGGACGCUGCUGAGAGCGUCAAGGAGUUCCUUGAUCAGGCCAAAGAGGACUUCGAGGAGAAAUGGAAGAAGAAUCCUACCAACACCGCCGGACUGAAUGAUUUUGAACGAAUCAAAACGCUCGGCACAGGUUCAUUUGGCCGUGUAAUGAUAGUUCAACAUAAACCGACGAAAGAAUAUUAUGCUAUGAAAAUAUUAGAUAAACAGAAAGUUGUUAAAUUGAAACAGGUGGAGCAUACGCUCAAUGAGAAACGCAUUCUUCAGGCUAUCAACUUUCCGUUCUUGGUGAGCCUUAAAUUUCACUUCAAAGACAACUCAAACUUGUACAUGGUGCUGGAGUAUGUACCCGGAGGGGAGAUGUUUUCCCACCUGCGCAAGGUGGGUCGCUUCUCAGAACCGCACUCACGAUUUUACGCAGCCCAGAUAGUGCUGGCCUUUGAAUACUUACACUACCUCGAUCUCAUAUACCGGGAUCUGAAGCCAGAAAACCUGCUGAUUGACUCGCAAGGUUAUCUGAAAGUUACAGAUUUCGGAUUCGCAAAGCGUGUCAAAGGGCGUACGUGGACGCUUUGCGGCACACCUGAGUACCUCGCCCCAGAAAUUAUUUUGUCUAAAGGAUACAACAAAGCAGUGGAUUGGUGGGCGCUUGGAGUUCUGGUCUAUGAAAUGGCGGCAGGCUAUCCACCGUUCUUUGCAGACCAACCUAUCCAGAUUUAUGAGAAAAUCGUCUCUGGCAAGGUCCGUUUCCCUUCACACUUUGGCUCAGAUCUGAAAGAUCUUCUGCGUAAUCUACUACAGGUAGAUUUAACGAAGCGUUAUGGCAAUCUUAAGGCUGGUGUCAAUGACAUAAAAGGCCACAAGUGGUUUGCAAGCACUGAUUGGAUUGCUGUCUUCCAGAAGAAAAUUGAGGCACCAUUCAUCCCACGCUGCAAGGGACCAGGUGAUACUAGUAACUUUGAUGAUUAUGAAGAAGAGGCUCUACGUAUCUCAUCAACAGAGAAGUGCGCAAGGGAGUUUGCCGAGUUCUGAGCGCACAGUUGGUGCCUGCGAGCGGACACUACCGUGAGUAGGUGUUUUGUAUUAGUGAAUCUUCCGUGACCAUGUCGUGGAAUCGUGACGAGUGCAUCUGUGUGUCAGUCACUCUGGGUGAUUAUAGACGCUGUUGCGGCCCUGAGUCAGCAUCUCAGAUGAAGUUUGAAGUGUAAGCAAGAUGAUUGUAGAACUGGUUUCCGAUUUUUCGGUGGCGUUCAUUUGCUUAGUGCCCUUUUAAAGAUAAAGUGUACCCCUUUUUGGUGAUAGCCCAAGAAAUAUCACCAUACAAUGAAACCUUGAGCACCAUACAAUUUCUCCAUACUGAUUUUGAUUUCCAGUUAAAGGUUGUUCAAUGGAGUGUGGUGGGCCUUAUUUAAAUAUUUUGUAUUAUUUUAUAGAAUAUUAUUAUGUAGACCAAUCAUGUAAAAUGUUGAUCAAACUUUCUUGCUUUUGAUAUCGAUCUUACACACACAGUUAAAUUUCUCUACUACAAUUUUAUCUUAUACAUCACUUAACCAUCAAUUUAGUACUAAUUUUGAUCACUAAUUUAAGUAUACAUUAAUGAAUUGAAUUUCCUAAAUUUUAUCUUUAUGGAAUGUUAUGGGUUUUAUUGAUUGACAUUUCACUAUUGGUUUUAUUUAAAAUUAUACUUAAUUGUUGUAUCAGUUGAUAUUUUAGGAACGUUUAUCUACAUCAAAUUAAUAUUGAAGAGAUUAAUUUAUUGUAUUCUAAAUGAUAUGUAGUUGUGUUCAUUUGUGCAAUUUGACCUAUGUGUUUGUGAUCUGAUGUGAGGAUUUAUUUGGACAUAAGUGUAAUCUGUAUUAGUUCCUUAUUAUGUAAGUUUAAAUGUAAUAUUUGGUGAAACUAAACACAUAGAUUCUGCUGCCAGUUGGUGCUGCAAGUUGACGGCGCCGGACCUGGGACUUAUUGCUAGCAUCAGUUUUUUUAAAAGCAAUAAAUUUAUAAAGACAAAUCUCUUCUGCAUAUUCCCACUAUAAUGAAAUUUAUUACCUACUAUUCCUUUUGUGUUAUGUGUAUCAGUAUACAUGUGAACUAUUUCAGCACAAAAUAAAUAAAAGAGAGAAUUUUUAUAUUCAAGACAAUGUUUUUCAUUAUAAUAGGAAUAUGUGAAAAUAAUCUAGUAGUAUAUCUAAAAUGCCGUUUAUGGCGAUAUCUUGUCAUUGAGACUGAUGUUAUCAAUAAGCAUAUUGUAAUAAGCAAAACAAAUAUGAAUUAUUAUCAAGUUUGUAUAUCUUUCAGUCUCAUUUAUGGAAUGAUUGAAACAAAAUUGGUUUACUGGCAAUGUUUAUCAUAAAGUUUGUUAGCUUAGGUGUAGGAAUUUGAAUCCAGGCUGUACAGAUAAAUAUCUAGUUAUUUGUAGUGCAUUUUACAUUGUGAAAACAUCAUGUGUGUCUGUGGUAAUAGAUGUUAUGUUGAAUGGUCCCGGGAAGGUUACUUGCACAUUAUUUCUUAAUGCUAAUCAUGUGACUUUCGAAGUGUUAUCAUUGUUUUAGUUCAUUACCGUAUGUGAAAAGUACUGUUACAAUACAACUAAAAGGAAAACCAGUGACCAUAAUGGGUAGCAUAUAUUUACCUACAGUUUAGGGAUUUGUGCAUAGAGCAGAUAUGAUAUAAUGACAUAUUAUACUAUUACACAAACUGCCAAAUUAUUAGAAAGUCUCAGGUGUUUGAUCUCACAAUUCACUGACAAUAGCCUAGCUCUUAAAUGUAAAGAAGAGUAGUAAUACCAAAUAGAAAUUACACAGUAGUGUUUAGUGGAACUUAUUAUAAACUCUUGUGUAUUUCUCAAUCAAUGUUGAAAGUAAAUAUGUUCUGCCUAUUACCAAUUUGGAACAUCUAUGCUUAAAGAUCAUAUCAAAUAAUAUAAUAGUGUAUUGGACUAAACCUGGCAUAAACAAAAAAUUAUGUUUUUGAAGUUUAAUCAAACAAUAGAAAAUCUGAAAGUUAUGAACCAAAUAAGAGGUGGGGAUUAAUAUUACAGCUACAUGAUACACACUUGAUGAUAAAUCUUCUAGUGAAUUUAUGUGUGUAUUUGGAUUUGAGCAUGAUAGAAAACCAUGCUAAUUACAUUUGCCAUAAUAAGUGUGUUUCAAUCAAUGUACAUUAAAGCCACAGAAAUGGAGAAUAUGAUAGGGAGAAGAUACAAUUGGGAAAAUUGAUUUGAUUACAAGGUGUUUCUCUUAUUGUUUCAGAAUAACAAAAAUUACAUUGAUUUUCUAUUCACCUGGUCAGGUUUUUUCCUAUUCAUUAAUGAGUAUGCAAUCUAUUUUUACUCUAUUUAUAUUUAUGAAUUAUUUACUUUAUUUAUGGAAUGUGUAUACAUAUUAUCUUUAUAUUAAUUACAUCUAGUAGUCCAUGCUCCACAUGGUUCUUUUUAUGUUUAAACAAUGUCCCAUUUGGUGAAGUCUAAAUGUUCUUAUACAUGUGCUAUUUUAUUUGCAAGUCUUUAUUAUUAUUAUUGGUAAUAUAAUAUUAAAUCAUUGGUGCCAUAUUCAAAUCUUGGGAAUAGUUCUGUUUUGUAUAUAUUAAAAGUUGUUGAUAUGUAAGUUUUCUUGACAAUUUCUUUUUCGUCAUACCUACCAAAGCGAAAAAAGACCUUGUGCAUGUGGCACAUCAUUAUGACAUCUUUUGUCACAUACAAUUGUUUAUUAAUGUUGAACACUAUAUUAGGGAGACCAUAUUGUAUCAGAAUAAGAAUCAUUAUGAGUCCUUUAAACUGGCUAGUCACUUUGUUUAAUUUUAAAUGCAUUAUUUGUAUUUACAUUUUUAGUGUCUACUGUGCUUUUUUAGAGUUUCAUAAGAUUAUUAAUAUUAGCAUGAUUAGGUAAUAACUUAAAAUUGUCCUUUGUAAUUGGCUACGAUUAUCAACUGGUGGAUAGUUUUGCAUUUGUUUUAAGUACUGAGACAUUUUCUUCGUAAAGUUAUCGUUGAGUAUCGAAUUAAAUUUUUCUCAGCUCACUUUCGAGCCAUUGUUCUCUUAGUGGUUUUUCAAUGAGAAAAGCAAUCUAUUUUCUAUUGUGUAGUUCGAUGAUAAGCGAAACACACUUUUAUUAGCUACGGAAUGAUAUUCACCAUUCGGACAUUGUUUACAUAUUUAGUACUACAUAUAGAUAAUUUUCGCGUAUUUCUAUAAAUUCAUUGGGUACUUAGUAGUUUCGAAAAUAUUAUUUUAAUUGUAAGAAUAGUAAGGAAUUUCUUGUGUACCCUUCGUCACUAUUAACCGUGAUAUUAACAUCAGUUCAUAGAAUAAAAAAUCAAAGACGCGAAUUCUGUCUGUUUAUUAAAUUUUCAUGCUUGGUUCCUUAAACUGUGCAGUAGGUAGGUUUUGAUGCUUUACCAUUUAGAGAAUUUCUUCCCGAAAAAUUUCGCGUAUAAUAAGAUUCAGCGUGGCUGGGGUGGCUAGUUGUAUAUAAUCUAGAGUGAUUGUGUCCCCGGUAUUUAGGAGAUUUGAUAUCAGCUUCGGUACCUUCAUUCCAGUAGCUUCACAUUCUGCUCAUAAUCACAAUGUGGACGCUCUAAUGUGAACAUUUUAAAGCCAUUUUGGAUAUUAUAAACAUUAGUGUGACAGUAUGUGUAUUUGCGAAAAGUCGUCUUUUUGUAUUUGUGCGUAUUAAUAUUAAAAUGUUCACGUCUAGAUCUAUUAUAUCGAGUGCCUAUAGCAUUGAACGUUAAAAUGUAAAAAGUCAGUUAAUUUCAGUAAUUAUUUGUCACCAUGUAUUGAUCUUCCAUAAAAUUACGAUGAAAUUAAAAUAUCGAUGUAACAGUAAUAAA